CCUCUCUUUCAGUUUGUGUCACUCUUUCUUUUCAUUUUUAUUUUAUUUAAUUUUCUGUGUUUCUUCACGUUUGAGGGGUCUCUGUUCUGGGCUCUGUUUUCUUGGUGGAGCUUAGACAGAGAAACAUGGGUUGCUUUUGUUGCUCACGAAAAUCUUGUAAGAAAUCGGUCACCGAAGACUUUGGCCACACCAAUUUCACUGCUUCAGAUAAUGUCAAAGUUGAUUUAAAAGCAAAUGGGAAAAAGGAAGAUGGGUCGAAAAGCGAUCAACUUGCUCUGGAUGUAAAGAAUUUAAAUUUGAAAGAGGAGGUUUCGGAGGGUGGUAAAGAUAAUGGUAACCGGGCGCAGACGUUUAGUUUUCAUGAACUUGAAGUUGCAACAGGAAAUUUUAGGUUGGAUUGCUUUUUGGGUGAGGGAGGCUUUGGCAAGGUUUACAAGGGACACUUGGAGAGAAUAAACCAGGUUGUGGCUAUAAAGCAACUCGACCCAAAUGGACUUCAAGGAAUUCGGGAAUUUGUUGUUGAAGUGUUGACAUUGAGUUUGGCUGACGAUCCUAAUCUUGUCAAAUUGAUUGGAUUUUGUGCUGAGGGAGAGCAGAGGCUAUUAGUUUAUGAGUACAUGCCAAUGGGAUCUUUGGAGAACCAUUUGUUUGAUCUUUCGCCCGGUAGAAAACCUCUUGAUUGGAACGCAAGAAUGAAAAUAGCUGCUGGCGCAGCUAAGGGUUUGGAAUAUCUACACGAUAAAAUGAAACCUCCAGUAAUUUAUCGUGAUUUGAAAUGCUCUAACAUUUUGUUGGGAGAGGGAUAUCAUCCUAAGUUGUCUGAUUUUGGCUUGGCAAAAGUAGGCCCAAGUGGUGAUAAGACCCAUGUUUCAACAAGGGUUAUGGGCACAUAUGGGUACUGUGCCCCAGAUUAUGCAAUGACGGGUCAAUUGACAUUCAAGUCAGAUAUUUACAGCUUUGGGGUUGUUCUUUUGGAACUCAUUACAGGCAGGAAAGCUAUUGACCACACAAAACCUGCCAAGGAACAAAAUCUGGUUGCAUGGGCAAGACCUUUGUUCAGAGACAGGAGAAAAUUCUCACAAAUGGUUGACCCAUUACUGGAAGGUAAAUAUCCCGUGAGAGGUUUAUACCAAGCUCUAGCCAUUGCUGCUAUGUGUGUUCAAGAGCAGCCCAAUAUGCGGCCCGUUAUAGUUGAUGUGGUUACAGCACUACAUUACCUUUCUUCUCAGAAGUAUGAUCCCCAAAUUCAUUCAGUACAAAGCUCCGGAAGAAGUCCAACUUCUCCAAGAACAAUGAAAAGGGAUGAUAAUCAAAGACACCUUUUUAGUAGUAAUGAGCACGAGAGAGACAAAUAUUCAAACUAGGAAAGCAGAAUGUUUUUGUCUGUUCAUAUGUUAUGUGCCUUGUUAUCAAAUUUUGUUUCAUAGGAGAUAACGGGUGCUUUGUCAAAUCUUAAGUCUCACAUGAGGAAAAAUUCAUCCUUCUAGUAAAACUCCCUCCAUGUACAUGCCAGCUUUUUUUCUUGUAUUUAAGAUGCCAUUUCUCAGUAGGAUUCUUCUUUUAUUGUUUAAUGUUUUGCCUAUUGGAUAGAAUUUAGCUUCAGUUACAUAAUAAAUUACUUAUUUUGUC